AAAAACGGAGCUGGGCUCUGGGUCUUCUGCUGCAGGUGAUCAGGGAUGGAUACAAGAUUCGUGGUGCUGCUAGUGUGUGUCUUGAGCCUCUACCUGUGUUGCAGGGCCCAGCCGACCUAUGUGGUGGACGCGAGAGUCGGUCUAGGGCGGCAGUUCGACGGCAUCGGCGGACUGAGCGGAGGGGGAGCUACUUCUCGUCUUCUGGUUAACUACAAUGAUCCCUACCGGGAGCAAAUCCUGGACUUCCUGUUCAAGCCAAAGUUUGGAGCGUCCCUGCAAAUCCUGAAGGUGGAGAUUGGAGGAGAUGCUCAGAGCACAGGUGGAUGGGUUUCAAAAUCGCCUAUAUAUACAUUGACAGUGUCUUUUCCUUCUGGCUGUGUAUGCAGAUGGCACGGAGUCAUCUCACAUGCAUGCAGCAGGUGAUCUGAACUAUGAGAGGGGCUAUGAAUGGUGGCUCAUGACCGAAGCAAAGAAGAGGAACCCGAACAUCAAACUGUAUGGACUCUCAUGGGCCUAUCCAGCAUGGGUUGCAAAUGGAGGUGACACCAGCAACCCCUACGGUUUCCCUGAACUGACUGCUGGCUAUAUCGUCAAGUGGAUCCAGGGAGCCAGGUCUCAAUAUGAUCUUGAUAUUGACUAUGUUGGAAUUUGGAACGAAAGGUAUUUCAAUGCUACGUACAUUAAGACGCUGCGAGAAGUUCUGGAUGAAAACGGGUUCUCCUCGGUCCAGAUAGUGGCUGCAGAUAGCAGUUUCAGUGGCAUUUCGACUGCCAUGUGAAGGACCCUGAACUCAACAGCUCCGUCAGUAUUAUAGGUGCCCAUUAUCCUGGGACAGUGAGUGACGAGGCAGCUCUUGCCACACACAAACCUCUGUGGGCCUCUGAAGACUACAGCACCUUCAAUGACGAUGUAGGAGCAGGUUGCUGGGCCAGGAUUCUUAACCAGAACUAUGUGAAUGGAAACAUGACGAGCACAAUAUCGUGGAACCUGAUAGCCAGCUACUACAGUGGACUGCCGUAUUUCAGAGAUGGUCUGAUGACAGCCACUGAGCCAUGGUCUGGUCACUAUGAGGUCAUGGGUCCCAUCUGGAUAGCAGCCCACACCACUCAGUUCAGUGAGAUAGGUUACUACUACCUGAAACAAGGCUACGGAGCUGGCCAUUUGGCCAGUGGAGGUAGCUAUGUCACUCUCUAUGAUCCCAAGACCAACGACUUCUCCAUCAUCAUUGAAACCAUGAGCCACAAUCAUUCGGUGUGCAUCAGACCCAGUCUCCCUGACUAUACUGUCGCCCCACAAGACGCCACGUUUGUUCUGAACGGAGUACUUGCUGGGGUCGAUGAGCUAAACCAGUGGACCACGUAUCUCGAGUACGGCACUGGAGACACCUCUGAGUAUUUCUUGGACAGUGGCACCGUCACCGUCAAUGGUGGAAAGUUCACAGUGUUCUUACCAGUUGAUACCGUAAUGACACUGUCUACACUCACUGGUCAGAAGAAAGGCUCCUACUCUGGAGUCCCUCCCUCAGCCCCCUUCCCUGUCCCCCAUUACGAUACCUUUGACGGUUAUCCGGACAAUGGGGAAGCUAAGUACUUUGCAGAUCAGAGCGGUGUGUUUGAAAUACUUCCUACCUCAGAUCCUGCAGUAGGAAAAGUCAUGGCUCAGGUGGUGCCUGAGCGGCCCAUCACUUGGUGUGACGAUGCUAACCAACCAAACACUCUUAUCGGAAACAUUACAUGGACUGAUGUGUUUGCAGAGGUGUCAGUGCUGCUGGAGGGGGAGGGGACUGCAGUGUUCCUGGCUGCCAGGAUGAGUCAGGGAGGGUGUGGGGUGGCCAAGGCCACUGGUGUCUUCCUCUGGCUUGACUCCACCGGCUUCUACAACAUCACCACUGACCUGGCUGGUAAAGAGCAGGUUGUCAGCGAGAAGUUUGCCGUUUCCUUGCAAACUUGGUAUUCUCUUGUGAUUACGACCCAAGGAGACUCGGUGUUUGUGGCAAUUCAAGGCGGGGGCAGUGUGACGUCAAACAAAGUUACCGUGAAGGCUCAGUCCGGCUAUGUUGCAAUGGGAACUGGUGGCUUCUACUCUGCCCAGUUUGACAACUUUGCAAUACUCACAGCCUCGUAACUUUGAUACAUGAGAACACCCUGAGGAAAAGACUCUGUUUUGCAUUUCUCUGUAUUUAUAGGUAAUAGCACGUUGUUAAGUAUGCCAUUUUAUGCGUGCUCAUAAAUUGAGCAGUGUUGGAUUCUGCUUAUCUGGAUGCUUUGGGGCAUAUGGGUGUGGUGGAUAAGUUCAUUUUUGUUUAGUGUAAGGAAUAGGCUGAAACCCUUGACACAAACAUUUUACUCUAGCUUACACAUGCACUCAUUUAGCAAUGUACCAGUCGUCAAGCCAUUAUUAUAUUGAAAAAGACCAGUCACAGAUUGAGUGACCUG